UCGACAGAAGCUUGCGAUGUCGCUGAUUUAGCUUUGGCUCGAGCCGAGGAAGAGGCUCGUCUUGGCAUCCCAUUGCACUCGGAUGAGAAAGAGGAGGAAGAGUUUCCUGAACUAGACGACUCAUCUGAUAACCGAUUCGAAAGCAGUAUAGGAUGCCAGGACAAGUUAGACGACGUUAGUGACUCAUGUGGAAUCACGAAUAAGCCGAAAAAAGGACGCGAUUUGCCACCUCCUGCCUGGUACGAGGCAAGUUAA